CAUUUAUAGUCCUGCUCUUUGGGACGAUGAAGGAGCUAAAUAGCAGCAAGGACAAGAGGCUUGGCUCAGUGUGAGCGAGCCACCUCGAGGGCCUGACAGACUCUGAGAUGACAAUAGGCAGCAUGGAGAACGUGGAGGUCUUCACUUCCGAGGGCAAAGGCAGAGGUCUGAAGGCCACGAAGGAGUUCUGGGCUGCGGAUGUCAUCUUUGCGGAGAGGGCUUAUUCUGCAGUGGUUUUUGACAGCCUCAUUAACUUCGUGUGCCACACCUGCUUCAAGAGGCAGGAGAAGCUCCAUCGCUGCGGGCAGUGCAAGUUCGCCCAUUACUGCGACCGCACGUGCCAGAAGGAUGCUUGGCUGAACCACAAGAACGAGUGCGCUGCCAUCAAGAGAUACGGGAAGGUGCCCAACGAGAACAUCAGGCUGGCCGCCCGCAUCAUGUGGCGGGUGGAGAGAGAGGGCACAGGGCUCACAGAGGGCUGCCUGGUGUCUGUGGAUGACUUGCAGAAUCACGUGGAGCACUUUGGGGAGGAGGAGCAGAAGGAACUCCGAGUAGAUGUGGACACGUUCUUGCAGUACUGGCCACCACAGAGCCAGCAGUUCAGCAUGCAGUAUAUCUCACACAUCUUUGGUGUGAUCAACUGCAACGGUUUCACUCUCAGUGACCAGAGAGGGCUACAGGCAGUGGGCGUGGGCAUCUUCCCCAACCUGGGCCUGGUAAACCAUGACUGCUGGCCAAACUGCACUGUCAUAUUCAACAAUGGCAAUCAUGAGGCAGUGAAAUCCAUGUUUCACACGCAGAUGAGGAUUGAGCUCCGGGCCCUGGGCAAGAUCUCAGAAGGUGAGGAGCUGACGGUGUCCUACAUAGACUUCCUGCACCUCAGCGAGGAGCGCAGGCGGCAGCUGAAGAAGCAGUACUACUUUGACUGCUCCUGUGAGCACUGCCAGAAGGGGCUGAAGGACGACCUCUUCCUGGCAGUGAAGGAAGACCCCAAGCCCUCCCAGGAAGUGGUGAAGGAGAUGAUACAAUUCUCAAAGGAUACACUGGAAAAAAUAGACAAGGCUCGCUCUGAGGGUUUGUAUCACGAGGUUGUGAAGCUGUGUCGGGAGUGCCUGGAGAAGCAGGAGCCACUGUUUGCCGACACCAACCUCUACGUGCUUCGGCUGCUCAGCAUUGCAUCAGAGGUCCUCUCCUACCUCCAGGCCUAUGAGGAGGCCUCACAUUAUGCCAGGAGGAUGGUGGAUGGCUACAUGAAACUCUACCACCAUAACAAUGCCCAAUUGGGCAUGGCUGUCAUGCGGGCAGGGCUGACCAAUUGGCAUGCUGGUCACAUCGAAGUGGGGCAUGGGAUGAUCUGCAAAGCCUAUGCUAUUCUCCUGGUGACCCAUGGACCUUCCCACCCUAUCACCAAAGACUUAGAGGCCAUGCGGAUGCAGACAGAGAUGGAGCUGCGUAUGUUCCGCCAAAAUGAAUUCAUGUACCACAAGAUGCGAGAGGCUGCCCUGAACAACCAGCCCAUGCAGGUCAUGGCUGAGCCCAGCAAUGAACCAGCCCCUGCUCUGUUCCAUAAGAAGCAGUGAGGACCUUGUUGGAGGGUGGGGGCUCUGUGGCUGGGGAAGCUGAGGAAAUGACUACUCUGUGCCCUCCACUGUCGUUCUGGUUCAAUUCAACUCAGCUUAGUUCUCUUUCAUUUCAGACCAACUCUUCCUACAUGUGCUGGGUGCUAGAUUCCACCAUCUGUUUAAUAAAGGAGUCCCAAAUAUAAUUGUGCUAGAAAGAAAAAUGUAAAUAAACAAGGCACAGCAUAAUAGUAAAUGCCAUGGUGAACUCUAUGCAGAGGGGUCCAGAGGAGGUGAGUUUGUGUGUGUCGGGUGGGGGUAACACCUGAGCUGAGAGUGACAGAGGUACCUAGAAUCUCAGGUGACUGCUUGUGUAUCUGUGCAGGCAUCUCUGGGGCUGCUGGUCUCAUCUACAGUUGUGAAUAUUUAGGUUUUGCAGACUGGGGUGGGUGAUGUCCUGUAUCCUCAGGCUGGGACUGUGUUUGGCCCUUUGAGAUAUACUCAAUGAUGCCUAGAAAGAUGCAGGAAUCUUGGAAUCCUGUGGUCUUUACUCUUAGUCGGAGCUUGAAGCAUAACUUUAGAAUAACUCUAGAACACACAUAGAAGGAAUUUUUCCCUUCCUGGUCCUACCCACCAAGCCUGUAGCUCUUUAUGACAUUGAAGAAAAGCUGAGUUUUUCCCGGCCAUUGACUUGUAGGAGUGAGGAAGGCUUUUCAGGGUAGAGCUGACUGUGCAUGCCUGCCAGUGAUGGACCCAUCAGAAGUGGCAUGUAGCGGGUUUCAAGACUGAGAAACUGCCUUAAGCCUAGGCUUCAUCAUUGGCCUAGUGAGGUUCUACUCAUCAUAUUGAGUGACUGUUAGCUCCUCUGCUUGGUUUCUUUAUCCUUUCUGUGCUCAGGGCUUCUACCCUUACGAGAAGGUGGUUCACCUGGCCUGUAUCUCAUCAGAAGAGUGGCCAGUUUGCUCUCAUUUACUUGGAGGCUGACCUCUGGCUGAGAAAUGAAGGCCCAAGAAUGGUCUUUCAGUUUCUGGACCCAACUUUCUCACCAACAUGGUGUGAGAUGGUGAAGUAAAUUCUUAUGGUUGAGGGUGUCACCAAAACUUCUACAAAACCUUGUGCUACCACUGACAUCUCCCAGAACUCUAACAUCUUGAAGUCACACGAUUCCCACUAAACCACAAUCUAUUUCUGCCUAAAAUGUUAGUUCCUCCAUCCCCAGCCUUUCAUCCCAGAACAGUACCCUGCCUACCCUUGAGCCCUGCCCAGCCGCUGAGGCUGUGAUGCGGGCCUCUUUGUAGAAUAUUAGCACUGACCCUUGGUUCUUCUUGAGGAUUUGUUCUUCUCUAGAAGCAUCUGUGAAGACUGACAGUUAUUUCAGGCUUAGAGACAGCACCAACAAUCGCCGUGGGAAUCCACAGGUACCUCCAAAUCAUCCCUCUUUCCCCACCGAGACCCCGCUCCAGACCCUGUCCUUUUUUGUCAUAGUCGUCUGUUCACCUUGUCCAUCAUUGCUUCUUUCCCUUCUCCUAAAACCUGUUAUCUUCAGAAUGAAUCGCGGUGUCUGUGUUCCUCCACCUUUCUCAGUACUGUAGACUGAGGUUCUCCACUCCUAGCUAUGCUCUGUCGACUGGGGCUCCCUCUCUCACUGGCUAUCCUCUCUCUAGCUAUCCUUGUUUCUGCUCUGGACCCCUUGCUUCCCAGUGCCCUCCAGACCUCACUCCAUUAUCCCCCUUUCCAAUGGCCUUGCCAUUCUCCCUCCACUAGGCUUCUUAUCUUCCAUUCUCCCUUCUCUCUUAGUUUUUUUGAGACAGGGUCUCUCUACUUAGUCCUGGCUGUCCUGAAACUCAAUUGUAGACUGGGCUGGUCUCGAACUCAUAGAGAUCUGCCUGCUUCUGCCUUGAAAGUGCUGGGAGUAUAGCCACGCACUACUACUGCCUGGCACCACUGGCCUUCUUUAAUGAAGUCAAUAAACAUGCUGAGGACCCUUGGAUCACCAUCUUCACAGCUGGGGGUUCUCUUCACACGUUUUAAUCUGUCUCUCCUCUCUUCCCAUUCUUCCCUAACUCACUGCACACUGCUUCUGAAGGGAAAUGAAAUUUAAGGCCUGGGAUUCAUGUAACUUUAAAAGAAAAUUGUGUAAAUUCAA